AUGGCUUUCUCCAGUAAGGAUAAAGGGGCCAGUACUGGUGUCUUGAACACACUUGGCUUGAAGCCCGAAGGUCUUCAUGAUGUCCAGGAGGGCGUGAUGGCUGAUAACGCCGAUAACCUCCAGCGUCACCUUGGAAAUCGUCAAAUCCAACUUAUCGCGAUUGGAGGCUCUAUUGGAACAGCCCUUUUCGUCAGCAUUGGCACCGGUCUCUAUCACGGUGGACCUGGCAGCUUGUUUCUUGCUUUUACUAUUCAAAGUAUAGUCUUGGCAAUGGUGAACAACUGCAUUGCCGAGAUGAGUACUGCCUUCCCUGUCAGCGGUGGUUUCAUUCGCCUUGCGGGCAAAUGGGUCGAUGAAGCCCUUGGUUUUAUGGUUGGUUGGAACUUUUUCUUCUAUGAGGCUCUUUUGAUUCCAUUUGAAAUUUCGGCCUUCACUUUGGUGCUUUCAUUCUGGAGCCCUACUGUCACCGAACCCGGCCCAGUCGCAGGGAUUUGUGCUGGAAUCAUUCUGUGCUACGGAUUUCUUAACAUACUGGCUGUAAAGGCAUACGGUGAAGCUGAAUUCUGGUUAUCAGGCGGCAAAGUCGUCUUGAUCUUUUCAUUAUUUUUCUUCACGUUUGUCACCAUGGUUGGCGGAAAUCCAAGUCACGAUGCAUACGGAUUUCGCUAUUGGAAUAACCCGGGAUCAUUCAUGGAGUAUCUCGAUACCGGCGCCCUUGGCCGCUUCGAAGGAUUUCUCGGUUCUCUUUGGUCUGCGUGCUUCGCUGUCGUUGGUCCUGAAUACAUCUCGAUGGUUGCAGCCGAGGCCAGGCGCCCACGAAUCUACAUAAAGAAUGCUUUCAAAACGGUUUACAUGCGAUUUGGUAUCUUUUUCAUUGGGGGCGCAUUGGCGGUUGGCAUCGUUUGCUCUGCCCGGGACCCGGCCUUGGUAGCGGUCGUCAACGGUGAUUCUUCCGGUUCCACUGCUGCAGCGUCCCCAUAUGUUAUUGGCAUGCGAAACAUGGGCAUUACGAUUUUCCCUUCGAUUGUGAACGCUCUCCUGCUGACCUCAAUCUUCUCCGCUGGCAAUACCUACACUUACUGUGCUAUCCGCACCCUGUACGGUCUCGCGCUUGAAGGACGGGCCCCAAGAGUCCUGACUUAUACUACACGACAGGGUGUACCGAUCUAUUGCUUCGCCAUUGUGAUGAUUUUCCCCAUUCUCUCAUUCCUACAGGUCUCGAAUAGCUCUUCUAUUGUGAUCACCUGGUUUGCAAAUCUCGUGACCGCUGGAGGCCUGAUCAACUACGUUACAAUCUCAUUGACCUACAUAUUUUUCCAUCGCGCUUGCAAGGCUCAAGGCAUUGACCGCAGAUCCUUCUCCUACUUCGCUCGGUUCCAGCCAUACUGCGCUUACUUUGCCUUUAUUUGGAUGAUUCUUGUUGCAAUUCUCUACGGCUAUCCUUCAUACAAACCAUGGUCAUUGUCGACAUUCUGGUCGGACUACACGAUGCAAAUCGUGAUCCCUCCUCUUUUCAUUAUCUGGAAAGUCAUCAAGCGCACCAAAAUGGUUAAGCCCCAUGAAGCUGACUUGGUCUGGGAGCGACCUCUGAUCGAUGCCUAUGAAGCAAGCUUUACUGAUCCCCCAGUUGGAUUUUGGAGAGAAGUUGGCCAGAUGUUCGGCGUCGGACGAGUUAAGGGUGGUAAUGACAAGCGGCGCGGCUCAACGGCUGAUCACUCCUUUGAAAAUGAAGGAAUCAUAGCGUGA